UCGUGUCCGGGCGGCGGAGACUGAGGUGGCAGGCUGGGCUCUGCUGGCUGUCCCCGAGAAGCCAGGAGAGCUGACAGAUGAGCGUGAGGCGGUCGCUGCUCGGCCUCACCUUUUGCACCUGUUACCUGGCUUCUCACCUCACCAACAAGUAUGUCCUGUCUGUCCUGCAAUUUACCUACCCUACAUUAUUCCAAGGGUGGCAGACAUUCAUUGGUGGACUUUUGCUUCAUAUAUCAUGGAAACUGGGAUGGGUGGAGCUCCACAGCGGUCCAAGAUCUGAUGUUUUGACGUGGCUUCCUGCUUCAGUGCUGUUCGUGGGCAUAAUCUAUGCGGGGUCCAAAGCUUUGUCUAGACUGGCUGUUCCUGUAUUUUUCAUUUUGCAUAACGUAGCUGAAGUUCUCGCCUGUGGGUACCAGAAGUGUGUCUGGAAAGAGAAAACAUCGCUCUCAAAGAUCUGUAGUGCCCUCUUCCUCUUGGCUGCUGCAGGAUGUCUUCCCUUCCAAGACGCUCAGUUUGAUCCAGAUGCAUACCUUUGGGCUCUAAUCCACAUCUUUUGUGUAGGUUCUUACAAAAUACUACGGAAGUCCCGGAAGCCCACUGUGCUAAGUGACAUUGACCAGCAGUACUUAAACUAUAUAUUCAGCAUGGUACUCCUGGCAUUUGCAUCUCAUCCUACAGGUGACCUCUUCGGUGCCCUGGACUUUCCAUUCCUGUAUUUCUACAGGUUCCAUGGCAGCUGCUGUGCCAGUGGAGUUUUGGGAUUCUUCCUCAUGCUCAGUUCAGUAAGGCUGAGAAGCGUCCUGACCCCAGGGCAGUGUGCAGCCUGGAUCCUCUGUGCUAAGGUCAUCACAGCUGGCUUGUCGAUGUUGCUGUUUGAUAUGGCCCUGACCAAAGCAACUGUGGGAUGCUUCCUGCUUGGUGGACUUGGCGAGGCCCUGCUGGUUUUCUCAGAGCGGAGGAGUUCCUCAUGAAGACAGACAAGGAAAGGCAGCCUGCAGCUUGCUGCUGGAGGACACGGCACCUGGCCUCCCUCUUGAGAGCUAUGGAAAGACCACAUUACAGUGAGACCACGCUGAGGUUUCCAGCUGGGCAAAGCUGUGAGCUGCACAUGCCCCAGCCAGGCUGAACACAUGGAUGGCUGAUAACUGCAAUAGCCCACUUUCUUAAUAUUAGGGGGACUUCCCAGGGACCUCUGCAGAGAACGGGCCCAUCUUAUAUGCUGAACCAUCUCCUCUCUGCUGCACCCAGUUCUGCGGGAUCAAGAAGUAGAGGAUCUUAAUGGGAUGGCUACAUCCUACCAGAUACUGCUUUGGAAUUGAUGUCACAGUCCAUGGAGUCUUGUUGCACUUUGGGGAGUUGUCUUGUGUCUUUACAUCUUGGAGUCACUUCUACCCUUUGAUUUUUCUGUUUACCCUGGAGCCCAUGCCUACCCACACAAAACAAGACACGUAUGUUUAUGACAUGUGGGACAGGACAGGUGUGGGGGCUGAUCAGGGGCGCUGGACCAAGUGGAACACCAGCCAAGAGCUUUAGCCUGGAGUGAGUGGCAGCCCUUGUGGUUAUGCUGAUGUAGUUCCAGCCUCUAAUUUCCCCCACAUUUCUCUUGUUCUUUUGAGUUUGUCAGGAUGUGUUGAAUCUGUAGACCAUUGAACACAGGUAGAUUAAGCAGGUAACCAAUCAAUUACCUGAAGUCUUUGAAGUAUUCUGUAGUUCAGGUGGGACUUAAACACCACACCUUCUGCCUCAGCCUCCUGAGUGCUGAGAUAGCUGGCACUAACUAUAUUAUGCUUAGCAUUUGUUCCCUAAAGUCUUUAAUAUGUGUGAUUCCUUCAUAGUUCAGAAGAGAUCUCAAGUCAUUGAGCACUGGAUUUUCAUCUCUUACACCAGAUUAUAAAAAUUAAAGUCCCAUAGCUCUAGAGAAUAUUCCACUUUAUAUAAAAUAUUCACUUGAUUCUGAAGUCAGCAAGGCUUAAGAAAAUAAUGCUAGAUAUUCUUUUCAUUGGUUGCUGUUGCAAGUCUUAGGUGGUUUGGGUCGUACUGAGCUUACUUCUUCAGCCGUCCAGUGUAGGAGACCCAUGCCAUUGACCCACAGAGACCCUCUGGGCUACGAGGACUGCUCCUUUUUGCGGGCUCAGACCCAGGAUGAAUGAGAGCAGCACAUUGUUGCUAUUUAUUCCCCAGCUUGUUGGCAAACAGAAUGAAACAGGAGGAUAGAUUGAUGUGUAUAGAAUGUGAGGACCUUUAUUUCCUGUUCUUUCCUGAUCCCUGCUCAUCAUUUAAGGUGAAAAUGUUCCAAUACUUUAUGCCUGUGUACUUUUCAAUUUGCUGUCUUAGAAUAUUUUUUACAUUUAUUUAUUCUAUUGUUUUAUGUGUAUUGUAUACCACAUGUGUGCCUGGUACCUGUGAAGGUCAGAAGAGGCCAUCAGAUCUACAGAAACUGGAGUUACAGACAGUAAUGCGCUGCCACGUAGCUGCUGUGAAUUGAACUUGUGCUCUGCAAGAGUGAUAUCAACUGCUGAGCUAACUCGACUCCCCAGCUCUGUAAUUUGCCUUUUUAAAAUAUUUUUAUUUAAAUUGUCUGUAUGUUUAUAAGUUUGUGCAUAAUGAGUGCAGGUGCCCCAAGAAGGCCAGAGGAGAAUAACGGAUCCCCUGGAGUUGGAAUUAUGGGAAGUUAUGAGCUGCCCAGUGUGGGUUCUGGGAGACAAACUCUGGUCCUCUACAAGAGCAUUGCAUGGUCGUAACUGAGCGUGUCUCUUCAUCUAGUGUAGCAAACCAGUAAGUAGAUAGUAAUGUCCUAUAGAUCAAAUAGAGACUCUGAGCUUAGAAUUUUCCUGUUUCAAAUACCCACAAACCUCUCUACUGCUCCCCUUCCCCCGACUUCCCUUUUGCAAAAGUGGGUGGUAUCUGUCCAGAUGUCAUCCUGUCCUAAAUGUCAUUUAAGCAAUGGAGAGUCCUCAGGUGGAGAGAACCACACAGCUGCUAAUCCCAGCGCCAUCUCUAGCAGGA